GUGGGCGCCGCUGUUUUGCUGCCUGGCUGUCACUUCACCGCAUUGAAACUCUGCUGCUUUUCUGCCUUGCCGGCGAAAUGGACUCACCAGACCCUCCCAGUCUCCGGAUAACCAUCCAGCCCUCUGCCUGCCAUUGCACUGUUGUCACAGAACUCAGUAGCCUUGCUAAGUCAUCUUAAGAUAUGGCAUUACCUUUCCCAUCCAGUGACACACCACUCAGCAGCAGUGUGAGCACUGCAGCCUCCUUUGGUCUGUCCAUUCUGUGCUGUUUGCUGGUGUUCUCAGCACUGCAGAUGUACAAGAAUCCACUGGGGUCCACAAGACUCAUGACUCUAAUUGCAGGAUAUGUUGCAUCAUGGCUCUUCAUUUUCAUGUUAACUGCUGUGAGCAAUCUGGAAAACAUCAUGUUUGGCAAAGGUUUCCAAGCCCGUGUAAUCCCAGAGGUGGUGCUGUGCAUGGUCCUGGCAUGUUCAGCAGCAGGCAUGGUGCAUAGAGUGUCUGUCACUGUGUGCCUUCUGUGCUCCAUGGUUGGACUGUAUUAUAUCAAUAAAAUGGGACAGUCUAGCACAACUCCUGCUGCUCCUUCAGUGUCAGGCUCAAAAAAGAAGAAAUAAAAUAUUGGAUUAUGAUGUUCAUUGAAUGAUUUCCAUAUGACAUUCAUAUAUUUCAUGUUAACUUGGAAUGCAGAUUUUGUUUAUACUCAUUUUUAACCAUCCAUAAUUUCCUAUAGACAUGCUGGAGCUUGGUGUGUAAUUUGUUGCACUGGUUUUCUUAAAAUACCAGAAAUUAUACUUUUUAAAGGGCCCAGGGAUUUGUAAUAAAAAUCAGUUAAUUAGU